AGUUUCAGUGACGUCCCGCCUAACAGGAUCGUUUGUUUACUACUCCACUUUUUGGGCGAUUUUCCCGAGAAUUUCCCCAGGAAACAGUGUUUUUCUCUAUCAACACAGAUGGAUGCUGAGAUGAAGAAUUGUCUGGCACUAGAUGUACUGGUGAACAAUGAAAAGGUGAAUGUUUUCCAAUUGUCUGGGAAGCUUCACUUGCCGCUCCUGCAGUGUUCCCAGAAUCUCGAGGGAUGGCUUAAUUCCUGUCCAGCGACAGAGAAAGAUAAAAUUUCACGGGAAUUCAUGGUUAAGGGCGAAGAUGAAGAGGGACAUGGCUACAUUCGAGUGCUCACCGAGGAGUCUUUCAAUAACCUGGACAAGAAAGGCAUCACCAGCUUUCUGUUUAGCGUAGAGAAGAACAGACAUGACACACUUUCUUCUACAAACACCUAUCAAGGAGGCAGUUCAUCAUUCAAGCGUAUAAAAUUGACCACUCAGCUGAGGAAAGGCACAGUUCAGCCUUCUUUGGUGCCAGAAGUGAAGAAAGAGCCGACAGCACCCAAGCCAGCAACAACUAAGGAGGUUGUAGUGAAGAGAGAAGAGCCAGUGGUGAAGAGAGAUACAGUGGUGUCCAAAUUCUUCAGCGAGAAGCCCAAGGAAAAGCCACCAACGGAGCCCAAGAAGAUUGAAAAGAGUCCAGACAUGAAGCAGACAAAAUCAGAUUCCGGCAGUGAUAAAGAUGCCAAGGUGUCUCCGAUAAAGGGAAAGCCUGUCGCUAAGCCUGCGCCUGAGAAGAAAGCUGAUGGGAAGUUCAAGGGAAAGGCAGCUCCUGCGGGAAACAGGAUGAUUACGUCUUUCUUCACCAAAGCUCCCAAAACUGCAAUUCCAGCGACUCCCGUCCCCAAACCGAAGGAGGAACCACGUCAGGAAACACAUGUGGAGACGGCUAAGAAACGUCCGCUAUCUGAGGAGAAAUCUCCGGUGCCAGAGAGGAAAUCUCCACCGAAAAAGAAGAAAAUGUCGAAGAAGAAGCCCAAAGUUAAGGCUGGAACUUCGAGAAUCUUGCAAAUUGCUGAUGAAGAUUCGAGUGAGGACGAAGAGAUGAUAGACAGAAAAGCUUCGAAUGAUAAGGAUGAGGAGCAGCAGAAUGUGGUUUUAGAGAAUGAAGAGGUCCGCGAGAAAACACCUCCGAGACCGUAUAAGGAGAAAAAGAAGAAAACCAUUACAGAAUGCUACAAAGAUGAGGAUGGAUACGAUAAUAUCACCUUCAAGGAAGUCGAUUGCAGUUCCGAAGAAGAGCACUGAAAAUCCUGUGGCUUCUGCACCCAAACCUACUCUGUAUUAAAUCAUAGAACCCCGGAAGACGAAUUUGUUUAUUUUUCACUUGGUGUUCGGUUCAUUGUCUCAUCGCAAGUAUUCUGUGGACUUUUCUACUCGAAAAUGCAGCCCAAUUCCUCCGGGGGUACGCCUUAUCCCAAUUUCGUAUACCUCAACAAACCAGUAAACCU